AUGCUUAUUAAUUAUAAAAUUAAUUUUAUUAAUUUAUUAACGGUCUUAACCAUUCAACAACACCUUUGUUCUCCUAGAGAGACUGGCAAUAAUAGCAGAGCAAAGCGCAGAUUGCCUUUUAGCCAUAUAUCCAAACUAUUUUCCAAAAUAACUGGACAAGCAAAGGCUGUGCCAGGUGCAGCUGCAGCCGUAGACAAUGUUGAUGAUGUUGUAGGUGUAGGAACGAAAUUUGUUAUGAAAAACGGUGCUGACAAAAUAGAUGAUGUUAUAGGAACAAGCAAAAAUCUCAGAAACAUGCCAAUUCGAGGAAUGAAUAGACGACAAAACUAUCGGCCAUACGAACCUCCCCAAUUUAAUACCUACAACGCAAAAGACGAGGUUCAAAAGGCCAGAUCAAAAGCAUUGUCAGGCGCUAAUUUAGCCUUGGCAGCAGGUGGUAUUGCUGCUGGGGCUUGGUAUUUUAGUGGAGAACAUACAAGUUUGUAUUAG